GGUCGUAUCACCGCAACGACGAGCGUCAGGUCGUGCGUCAGAGGCCUUGGUCCGAAGGAGAAGCCGACACUGGGGGCCCCCCGCUCGUUUCCCAACAGAGAUACUCCGCUCCUGCAUCUUUGGCUUCCUGGGCGCCGGGUGCCUGCAAAGGGCGAGCGGUGCUUGCCGGGCCUGGAGGGAUGCUGCCGUCGACGAGCAACUUUGGAAGGAUCUCUGUCUGAGGCGCUGGGUCGGCAAGCACGUAGGUCUCCUGGAAGACUGCCACCACUUCUACCAGCAGCAGCGGGAGCAGUCGGAGGAUGGAGAUGAGGGAGAGACAUCGGAAGAGCAGCAGCAGCGGCAGCAGCAGUUGCAGCCCAUCGAGCUUGCCCGAAGCCUUAGCGGUGGCCUUGAGGAGCUCGUGGCCGCGAUGCCGAUCAAGGUCAUGAAGAGACGCCUCCACGAGCUGGGGGCGAACCCCGCCAGGCUUGCGGCCUGCCUGGAAAAGGGACGGCCUCUUGAGGCAGAAGGGACAGCUGCCGGCGUGGCUCUCGCGGGUGAGGGGCUGGCGGUGGAGCUUCCACUUCUCCUACAAGGACGCCAAGCGGCAGUGGAUGACCAUGGAGGACCUGGCAAGAACGCCCUGGAUGGGUUCCACCAGGACGGGCUCGUGUGGCACUUCGAGGACAACCACCGCUUCGUCAAGGUGUCGAACUACCCGGCUCUAGAGGUUGAACGAGACGAGAAAUCCUGGGGGUGGAGGCUAGUCAACGCGCAUGUCACCUUCAAGCAAGAGCGAGCGGUGCCGCCGUAG